AAUUUUGUGUUUUAGAGCAGAGACAAUAGGAAGCGAGGCACAGCCGCGCCCGCUCACACUUUAGUUUGUAGCUUUAAAUUUUGCAGCCAUGACUGCGAGGACGCGAUGUUUUCAGCUGUUCCUCCUUUGGUGUUGCUCGCAGACUUGCCUGGCACAGAAAGAUGAGAGAGGCUUUACUGGGACUGAGACCAACGAUGGGUUGUGGGUUGGCUCCCAGGCCCAAGAGGUCCUGAGCAGCCGCCUGACAACCAUCUUCCUGCCAGUCGUCUACAUCAUCGUGUUCGUGGUGGGGCUGCCCACCAACGCCUUGGCCAUCUGGGUGUUCCUCUUCAGGACCAAGACGAAGCACCCGUCGUCCAUCUACAUGGCCAACCUGGCUCUGGCCGACCUUCUGUUUGUCAUCUGGGUGCCCUUAAAAAUCGCCUACCACUUCAACAACAACAACUGGAUCUAUGGAGAUGCACUGUGCAAGGUGCUGGUGGCGUUCUUCUACGGCAACAUGUACUGCUCCAUCGCCUUCAUUGCCUGUAUCAGCGUUCAGCGUUACUGGGCCGUGGUGCACCCGCUGUCCCAGCGUCCAAGGAGCAACCGCUUGGCCAUUUCCGUCUCUGUCAUCAUCUGGGUGGUGGUGUGGCUCAUCACCAUCCCUCUCUACCUGUACGACCAAGAAGUGCGCGUGAGGAACCUCAACAUCCUGACCUGCCACGACGUCACCAGGCCCGGCCAGAAGAAGAUUGCAGCGGGAUACUUCCUCACGAUGGGAACCCUGGGGUUUGUCGCCCCCACUAUUGUGUGCAUCAUAUCCUACGUCCUCAUGCUCAAGGCUCUGAGGAACAGCAUGUCAGAUCCCACCAUUGCCAAGAAGCGCAAGAAGGCGGUGGUGCUGAUCAUCACAGUCCUGGUGAUGUUUUUAGUGUGCUUCACCCCCAGCAACAUCAUGCUGCUGGUGCACUACAUCCUCCUGCUGCGUGAGGCUGAAAACAACCUGUACGGAUUUUACAUCACCACGCUGUGCUUGGCCAGUCUCAACAGCUGCUUUGACCCCUUUGUUUACUACUUCAUCUCUAAGGACUUCAGGGAGCACGUGAAGAACACGUUCCUCUGCAGGAGCGAGAGGACAGUGGAGAGGAUGAGGGUCUCCUUCAGCGCCCUGAAAUACUCCAAAAAGAGCAACACGUACACGUCCGAGUCGGGGAACACGCAGAGCACUGAAUGCUAGUGCUUUAUAUGCUUAUUCCUUCUCGGAAAACUCAGGUGUAGAAGAAGAUAGAUUAAGGAAAGGGGUCAACUGAUGUGUGACACCAUUUGGAUGUUUUGAACUGAUAUACAUUUGCAGUGAAAAUGAAAAUCUUUGUCACAACAUUUGGAAAAGCUCCAGCGUACAACCUUCCUGAUAUACCUCUGCUUAUGUAUUUUAAUCUCAGGAGACCUUUUCAACAUUUAUCCCUCACUGUUGACAGGCAUAGAGUGCUGAGUGGUGACCACAGAGAGAAGUGGCAGCAUCAGAGCCAAAAUAGCACAUUAAAUAUUCAUUAUUUGAUCUGAAGUCAUUCAAAGAAAAAAGAAGAUAACAGGGAAAUGCUGAAUACCUGCUCUGAUAAUCGUUCAACCCCUAAUUUUUUAGGUUUUUGAGGACAUCUAUCUGUGGUGACGACAUCCUGAAGGUCUUAUGCUGCCUUAAGUUACUGCCUUUUAACAGUUGUUGUAAAUAAAUGUAGUUUUGAAUAUCUUUUCAUAAAGCUAUUUUCUUUCAAUGGCGUUUUUUUAAUGCUGUAACUGAGAUAUGAACAUUAGUCAUUUUUAAUGUAACUGGUUUGAUGUAUUAAUUUUAUUAAGAUGAAUUCUGUCAGUUGUUUUUGUGUGUGUGUGUGUGUGUGUGUUUUUUUAAUUUGCCAAGACCUGAAGCUUAAAUCUGUAAAUGGUACAUAUUAAAUGAUACAUUAAACAAGAUAAAGGAUUUUUUAUUUUUAUUUGUACAGCUAUGUUUUAAUAUUUGCCAAUAAAGAUAACCGUCCAGCUACCUGUGAUUUCCCCUUUCACAUCAUUCAGAAGUCUUAAUAAAGCAUCAAGUUCUGUGUUAAAGAUCUUAGAAUACGUUAAAAAGUCUUGAAUGUUUUUCUUGCGAGCCAUAGGCAGUUUAUGUGUCUGACUGUGGCCUUUCUGGAGACAGAAGUGGGCUGGUUGUGACAGCGGAUCUAUUUUGUUGUUGUUUCUUGUACAGUGUCCUUGUACUUGUUCAUCUUUUCCACUGAUUAAGACGUCUGUUCCUUCAGA